AUGGCAACAAGCAACUCAACGACAGUGUUAAUCCUAGGCGGAACCGGCAAGGUCGGCCGGCAGAUCGCGAAGCUCUUCGCGGCGACCUCAAUCCCUACAUACCAGGCCUCCCGGAGCGGAGCCUCCACCACGGAACCGGGCGCCGACAACAUCAAGCCCGUCGCCUUCGACUGGGAGGAUGAGACGACGUGGACCGCCGCCCUGGACACCGGCGCGACGAGCAUCUUUCUCGUCGCCCCGCCGGUCAUGGACAUGCUGCCGCCGAUGCAGUCCUUCAUCGACCAGGUCAGAAUGAAGGGAGACACCACCGUCACCAAGCGAUUCGUCCUGUUGAGCGGAAGCCCCAUCGAGCCGGACAUCAACGGCUACGCGAUGGGCCGGCCGCAUGCGUAUCUGAAGGACCUUGGCGACAGGGGGGAAGUGCAGUGGGCUGCGAUACGACCGACUUGGUUUCAACAGAACUUCGUCGAGCAGGACAAUCACCGCGGAGCGAUUGUUGACGAGAGCACCAUCUACUCGGCGACGGCGGACGGCAAGAUCCCCUGGGUGGCGACCGAGGACAUUGCGGCCUGCGCGUACCAGCUCCUCACCCAGGAGGACGCGCCCAACGACCAGUAUCUCAUUCUUGGCCCGGAGCUGCUGGCCUACGACGACAUCGCCACGAUCCUCUCCGAGGUCCUCGGCCGCAAGAUCGUGCACAAGAAGCUCUCGACGCAGGAGCUCGUGGACCGGUUCGCCGGCCAGGGCAUGCCGCGGGACUACGCCGAGAUGAUGGGCGGCCUGGACACCGCCAUCAAGAACGGCAGCGAGGACCGGACGAACAGCGUCGUGCUCGCGCUGACGGGAAGACGGCCAAGGACGUUCCGCGAGACGGCCGAGAAGAACAAGGGUGUCUGGGCGACGGUAGCGUAG